AUGUAUUGUUCUUACGGUGCUGAAUGUCUGGUUGAUGAAAUAACACAGCAAGGUUAUUGCCGAUGUCAAGAUGCAUGCUCAGACGUGUUUGCGCCAGUUUGCGGAAAUGAUGGUGUGACCUACUCUAGUGAAUGCCAGUUAAAAAUGGCUUCCUGCUCACAGCAGAUACGGAUUUUCGUGCAGCACCACGGCCAAUGUGAUGUCCAAGAUCCAUGUGAAGAAAAACAGUGCAGAUAUGGUGCUCAAUGCAAGCCGUCUCUAGACGGGGUCACAUCUGAAUGCGUCUGUCCUGAAAAAUGCACAGCGUAUGGAAACAGUCGAAGUUCCAGGGCAGUUUGUGGGACAGAUGGAAAGGACUAUCCUAAUCAUUGUGAGCUGAAGAAAACAUCUUGCCGAGAGAUGAGACCAUUGGAAGUUAGAUUCAUCGGAAGAUGCGACCCUUGUGAAGGAGUAGAGUGCCCAAAUGCUCAAGUGUGUCAGUUAGAUGACAACAGGAAUGCCAUUUGUCGGUGCAAUGCCAUUUGCUCAGAAGAUUUGAAACCUGUUUGUGGAUCUGAUGGUAAAACAUAUACCAAUGAAUGUACGCUUCGUGUAGAUGCCUGCAAAUCCCGCAAAAAUAUUCGUGUUGUCUACGCAGGUAGAUGCAGCACAGAUCUGCUGCUCAUAUUUUUAGGAAAAAAUCCUUGUGAAAGCUUGCAAUGUGGUCCAUUUCAAGAAUGUGAUAUUGAUAAAUAUGGUAUAGCCUCUUGUCAGUGUCCAUCGAACUGCGAAUCUGUUAUGAGACCAGUGUGUGCAAGCGACGGACAGACAUAUCACAAUGAGUGUGAACUUCAAAGAAACGCCUGCCUUAAGCAAAUGAACGUAGCAGUUCUAUACAGUGGUCCUUGUGGUCACACAGGACCAUGCCACAACUAUUUAUGCGCUUUCGGUGCUAUCUGUGUGCUAAAGAACAACCGACCGGCGUGCGAUUGCCCCACUUGUACAGAAGAGUUCGAUCCUGUGUGUGGUACAGAUGGAAUGUCGUACACAAACGAGUGUAAAAUGAAAAAGGAAGGCUGCGAGCAGAGGAAAGAUAUUAACAUAGCGUACAUAGGUCUUUGUAAUACGUGCAGUAGAACUGAAUGCGAAUAUUACGCUGUUUGUGAAUUAGACAACAGCGGAGUUCCUAAAUGUGUUUGCCCAGAAAAGUGCGUCAAGAUUGAAGCUAAAGUAUGUGGCGAUGAUGGAGUGACUUACCAAAACGAAUGCGAGCUGCGAGUUUCAGCUUGCACAAAGCGAAUGAACAUACUUGUCGCUUCGAGAGGACCCUGUGAUCUGUGCAUUAAUGUUCAUUGCAAGUAUGGAGCCCGCUGUGAAGAUGGAAGAUGUGUUUGCCCCACAGACUGCCCUGAGAAUUAUGAACCGGUGUGUAGCAGUGACAGUACUACGUACCAAAAUGAAUGUGAAAUGCGAAGAGCCGCGUGUAUGCAAACCCAGGAGAUUGGAGUUCUGUUCUAUGGCGAAUGUGAAGAUGUUGGUGGAUCUGGUGCAGAAACUGGCUCUGGUAAUUUUGCUUGCGAAGAAGAGCCAUGUAGGUAUGGAGGAAUUUGUGAUUUCGACUCAGAGGGUCAACCGCAGUGUGUUUGUCCUUUCGAAUGUCCGGCCAUCCGGGAACCUGUCUGUGGAUCCGAUGGACAGUUCUAUGACAGUGACUGCAAAAUGAAAGAACAGGCUUGCAAGACACAGAAGAAAAUCGUCAUUGUGGGGAAAAAUAGAUGCCAAAAAAGAGUUGAAGUUGCAUGUGAUGGAGAAAAACCAUUACUAAAUCCAGUUACUGGAACGGACUACUUUUGUGGUGAAGGACCAGAUUCUAAAAACUGUCCACCAAGAAGUUAUUGCCACAAAACCUCAGAGUUUGCCAAAUGCUGCAAAGAAGUCAUUGUGAUCAAGAGUUGUGCAGACACUAUCCAUGGGUGCUGUCCUGACGGAAAAACUGCAGCUCAGGGGCCGGACCAAGCCGGAUGUCCGAGUCACUGCCACUGCAACCGUUUAGGAUCCUACAGUUUAACAUGUGAUCCAGCUUCGCAGCAGUGUCCUUGUAAACCUGGAGUUGGUGGACUCAGAUGCGACAGAUGCGAACCAGGGUUUUGGGGCCUGCAUAAAAUAUCUGAAGGAAGCAGUGGUUGUUCUCCAUGUGGCUGUGACCAAUACGGAUCUGUUCGUGACGAUUGUGAGCAGAUGACGGGGAGGUGCGUUUGCAAGCACGGGAUUCAAGGCAUGAAAUGUAAUAUUUGUCCAGCUGGAACUGUUUUGGGUCCAGAUGGAUGCAUGGAUGCGUCUAUUGCUAAAGCUGUCUCUGGAUCAUGUGAACAACUACAGUGCUACCACGGAGCUACAUGCAAGGAGAAAAAUGGCGAAGCUCAAUGUAUUUGUGACUUUAAAUGUACAGGCGAUGAAAAGCCUGGGAAGACUCCGGAAGUGACUACUGUCUGCGGAAGUGAUGGGAAUUCUUACGGUUCAGAGUGCCAGCUUAGGCUAAUAAGUUGCCGAUACCAAAAAGCAAUUGAACUUAUCGGCGAAGGAUCGUGUUCGAAAUUAAAUUUCACGCAGCCAAUUACUUCGACUACAAUCAGUGCUCUCCGAAGGACUACGGAAGAAAUAAGGACUACAACAACUCCUACUGAAACGAAAAUUGCUAGAGAUGUCACAGAAAAUCCCGCAGAAAAUUUAAUAUUCACUACAAGAACGCCUAUGUCGACUCCAGAAAGUACUUCUGCAGUAAAUACCAUGGGCAUGCCUCUUUUCACCGGCUUCUCUUAUCUGGAAUUACCCAAGCUUCAGGCUUACAGUCGUCUCGCUAUUGAAUUGGAAAUAAGAACUUUGACGAACGAGGGUAUAAUUCUUUACAAUGGACAGACAGCUUCAGGUAAAGGAGAUUAUGUAUCGCUGGCCGUUAAAGAUGGAUAUGUUGAAUUCAGGUAUAACUUGGGCAGUGGUGAAGCCAUUUUACGUUCCUCUCAAAGACUACAACUGGGCAGAUUUCACAGAAUCACUGCUAAGCGUUAUCAGCGGGACGGAAUGAUUUCCGUUGAUGGCAAAUCCGAAACAACUGGACAAAGCCCUGGAUCAAGGAAUUACUUAGACCUUGGAGAAAAUCUCUUUCUUGGAUAUGUUCCAACGACAGCGAUACAGAUAUUUGACAACAUAGGAAUCGCUACAGGCUUCAAUGGAUGCAUUCGACACUUCAAAAUCAGUAAAGAUUAUAUUGAUUUGAAAUGUCCUGGAACUCAUAUCAUUAAUGCAGAAAAUAUACAAGAAUGUACUGAUGAUAGCUGUACAAGCAUGCCCUGCCAGAAUGGAGCUUCUUGCAUUGUUUCUGAUGAAGUUACUUACAAAUGUCUUUGUCCACCUUAUUUUACAGGUCGUCAUUGUGAAGUACAACUUGAUCCUUGUGCAUCAGAUCCAUGUGCUUACGGAGCCACUUGUUUGUCAUUAACUGAUAGUAAAUUCUCUUGCAUAUGUCCAACAGGAAGCUCGGGAGAAGUGUGUGAUCAAGUCGCGUCAUACAGUGACGAGCCCGGUCUGACGCUAGAUUUCAAUGGUAACAGCUAUCUUGAAUUUCACACCCUAGCCAAUGUAGCUCAGUCUUUGAAAAUCGAGGUGUGGUUUUUAACAAGAGCUUUGAACGGACUUCUGCUAUACAACGAUCAAAGACCAUCAGGGGCAGGAGAUUUCGUUGCACUGACACUUCUGAAUGGAUUUCUUCACUUUUCAUACAACCUUGGGAGUGGAUCAGCGAAUAUUUCGAGUCUUGAACCUCUUACGUUAGGGGUGUGGCAUUCUGUCAGGGUUUUUCGCAUGAAGCGAAGUGGAACCCUACAGAUUGACAAUGGUCCUUUAAUUACUGGUGAAUCUAAGGCUUCACUCUCUGAAUUAAAUCUCGGACAACCAUUUUAUGUUGGAGGCGUCCCAGAUUUCCCAUCUCUGAAGAACGUCUUAAUUGUACAGUCAGGUCUGGAUGGAGCUGUGCAGAAGCUGAUUGUUAAUGACGAGGUAUGGGAUGAUUUGUUACCACGGGCUGUUCGUCAACGGAAUAUCGAAAGGUACAUUGGACCCCCGUGCCUCCCAGAACUUUGCCAAAACGGUGCUCGAUGCAUUUCUCAGCUGAAUGAUUUUACUUGCCAGUGUGUUGAUGAAUACGUUGGCAAGUACUGCAAUCAAACUACAGAUUUGGUGAUGAAUGACAACACCGUGGAUCAUCCUGUUGCAUUUGAUGGAUCUACAUUUUUACAGUACUCAGAAGGCAGCAAAGGAAUGAAGUUGAAACGAGCAAAGGAAAAUCAUAUAAUACUGACUUUUCGUACAACGCAUACAUAUGGUUUGUUGCUUUGGAUGAAUAAAGGGACCAACAUGAAAGGCGAUUAUUUAGCGAUUGCUAUAGUCAAUGGUCACGUGCAACUGAGCUUCAAUUUGGGAAAAGAAGAGGUUCCGCUAAUCAUGGAAAAUUUCGUACCAGCAAACGAUAAUAACUGGCAUACUGUAGUAUUCAAAAGAAACAAAAGAUUAGCACAUCUCACAGUUGAUGAUAGUUCAACAACUUCCAGAACAUCAGAACCAGGAGCUACAGAACUAAACACAGACGGCAUUUUAUGGAUAGGUGGUUCCUCUGCUGUGCCUUCUGGUUUUCCUGAUGCUUAUUAUCAAGGUUUUAUUGGUUGCAUCUCAUCAGUAGUCAUUGACAGUGAACCCCUAAAACUUUCAGACGGUUACUUCAAAUAUUGCCAACCAUCCUGA